AGGAGAUUCAUGGAGGGCUGAGGGGAGAAGAGGAGGAGCUGCAGGAGGAGUUUAUAAGCACCAGGAGAGAGCCUCACUGCAGGAGCAAAGUCAAUAAAAAGCCACAAGUUUCCUCUUUUCCUUUUCUUUUGAGCUGCUCUCAGCGCGCCCCUGCAUGCGUCCACACCAGGGAGGCUUUCACCAAAACCCCCUGCUGCUGUUCUGAUCAUGGAGCCUGUGAAGUUUGCGCUGCUGCUGGCUGCGUUUGCGCAGGUCGUCUGCACGCUCGGCUCUCCGCUUUCCAGCGAGGACGAUGGAGACCUGUGGACGGAGCAGAACUGGCAGGGCUACCCCAUAGAAAGAGGAGUAACCCUCCGACUGGCAGACCUCAUCAAGCGCUCCAAAUCUCAGCAGUUCCACGGGCUGAUGGGCAGAAGUUCAGGUGCUCGUCAGCCGCUGAGACUGGGCAGGAAAAGAAAUAAUAACAACAACAACAAAGGGGAAAUGUUUGUAGGACUCAUGGGCAGACGGAGUUCAGGAGGAGGCGUGCCCGAUGAAUGGGACUCUGACUCCUACUGAAGAUAAACUGAACAAACACCUCAAAAACCCUCUUCAGAGCUCCGCUCUAUGAGAAUUGUUCCAUUGGGUCCAGCGAAGGCCAGCAGAGAUGUUUGACAUGAACUGAAUCAUUGUAAAUCCUAAGCGUCUGCAUGUUGUUACUGUCAUUUGCUCACUUUGAAACUGUGUGUUUGCUAGAGUUUUGAAUUUUCGACCCUCAGAGUCGUCAUUGUGUGACAUGUUUGGUUGCUUCUGGAGAAUCGGCUUUUUACUCGAGGUUUUGAGGCUCCGGUCUCGUCAUAACACGCAGUGAUGAUGUGAUGUUGCAGAUUCAUGAAUAAAAUCCUGUUUUGGUCACAUGGAUGUGAGACGUCACA